AUGUCAUCGUCUUCCUCCAGCAAUAAACGUAAUCUCCCAUCAUGGAUGAGUUCCCGACAGCCGCAAGAUCAAGAAGAACAAGAAACCAAACAUCAAACGGAACCCCAAUUCUCUAAACUUCUGGAAGGAGUGGUGUUUGUGUUGUCCGGGUUCGUGAACCCGGAAAGAGGGGAAUUGAGGUCCCGGGCUCUGGAAAUGGGAGCUCGCUUCCAACCCGAUUGGAACCCGGAUUGUACGCUUCUGGUUUGCGCAUUUCCCAAUACACCAAAGUUUCACCAAGUGGAGGCCGGCUCUGGCACCAUAGUCUCCAAGGAAUGGAUAACAGAAUGCUACAAUCAGAGAAAGCUUGUUGAGAUAGAGCCUUAUCUUUUGCAUGCUGGCAAACCAUGGAGGAGUAGUUCGCAACGUGGUGUUUCCGCAAAACCCAGCCAAGAUCACAAAGCACCAUCAGCCCCGAAAUCCAGCAAACACAUCGAUAAAAGCUUAAACUCACGGUCUUGUGCAUCAUCUGAGGGUAAACCUUUCAACCAAGCCAGCGAUUCUUUUUCUCCUUCUAGAGUGAAGAAAUGGGCUGCUGAUGAUCUGGUUAAAACCAUUUCAUGGCUGGAAAGUCAAGAUGAAAAGCCUGAGCAAAGUGAAAUAAAGAAAGUAGCUGCAGAGGGGGUCCUCACCUGUUUGCAGGAUGCAAUAGAUACUCUUGAUCACGGCCAGCGCAUCCAGCAGAUAAGUGAUCAAUGGGCCUGCAUACCCCGGGUGGUUGAGGAGCUGAUCAAGUAUGAUGAUGACAAUAGUAGCAAGGACGAGUGGGGUUUAGUGAGCAAGGAAGAACUUUGUAAGCAUGCAAUGGCAUGUAGACAAAUUUACGCGGCAGAGUACCGAGCGGUCGAUGCAGGUGGUGAUGAUUCAUCUAUUACAAAGUGUGAGAAGAAAAAGAUGAGGGCUUCACAGAAGGAGACAGGGAAGCGGAAGAAUGAGGAAGAAAGGGUUGAUGAUGGCGACGAGGGUUAUGAUAGUGAUGAGACAUUGGUGAUGACAGAAGAAGAAAUCGAGCAAGCUUAUAGUACUGUAGCUUCUAGAGUAUAA